AUGUCCAUUAUGAAAUUUCCUAAGUGGGCAAUUGAUGCUAUUACUUCUCAAAUGUCUCAUUUUUUCUGGGGUAAUAUUGGAGACAAUCAUAAAUACCACCUAGCCAAGUGGGGGCUGGUCUCUCAAAAGAAAGAGUGGGGUGGCUUGGGUGUUCCUAAUCUUAGGGAGUUUAAUAUGUCUUUACUUGCUGCUUGGAGUAAACGAUUCUUUGAUGACAGAGAUAGUGACUGGAAGAAAAUGCUUAAUUACAAGUAUAAUGUGGAUAGGCCAAAUAUUCUCUGGUCUAGAACUGGGGUAGGCUCUCCCUUCUGGAAGAGCUUUACCUGGGCAUUUUCUGCUGCUAAGACUUUUUAUAGGUGGAUCCUGGGAAUGGGAGAAAUAUUUCUUUCUGGCAUGAUACCUGGGUGGGUGAUUGUUCACUCAAGACUAGGUUUUGGGACCUCUUUGUGA